UUCCUGUAGAACGAUAUUUGUACAUGACAUUUUCGCAAAAUUGACAAGUAUUUAUUCGAAUUUAUUCGAAAGAAAUGGCGGUGCCGACAAUGCCAUGCACGUACGAGUUUUCCAAAGGCUAUGGUACCGGUGUGUCAGAAGCGCUUGGAAAUUGGGGUUUCUCCAACCAAACGUGUAGCGCUGGCCAAGAACUACGACGUUUAAAGUGUCUCUUUGCUGAGAUGGAUUCUUUACGUAGCAAGACCAAACCGGCGAUGUGCGUUAAAUAUGAUGCCAGAUACGAUCCCGAUGCGUGGCACGUUAAGCCUAGCCCUGAUGAAUGUAAACCAGCGUGGACAUUUCCUGUAAAGAGGCCUCUAAUUACAUAUUGCUCGACUGCGACAAUUCUGAAAGUUUCUAAUAUGCAUAACGUCGGAGUGGAUUUGACGCACGUUAUUCCUGGCCGCAGCUAUGUUCAACAAGGUACGAUCAAAUGGUAUCGUCGAGGUUCAAACUGUUGCUAUCAACCUAGCUGUUUAGCCCCGCAAUGUCCUGUACGAUAUUGUAGGGGCUAAUCUUGACAUUUUUUAUAUAAUUGUAAUCGUACUUAAUGGUAAUAUCAAACGGAAUAUACUUUCACGAUUUUUGUCUAAUAAUAAAGUGUAAUCUCUGCGCAAUACACAUUUGUUAUAGUUUGAAGUAUGUA